CUGGUUCUCCAGCUGCUUCCCCUCAGCCCACAGAGUCCUCGGAGAACUUCUGGAGGGUCAGCUGUCCUGGAGGUGAAGUCCGGGGUGUAGAUGGUGAAGAGGACGGUGAUUUUAGGUCUGUGUGUGACGUCACCAUCAAGCGGAAGCGACGGCAGCCGAGAAGGGAUAAAGGAAAACGGACCAGAAAAACAAUAUGGAGAGAAAACGAGCAAAGCGAACUUAAAACUCAGAUUGCCUGGAAAUAAUCGUGCGGAGAGCGACGUGAGCGACGGAAGAAAAGAGAAAAACAGCAGCGAUGGCGGAGAUCCGUUCCAGAAGUCAUCUGCCUCCGAGCUGAAAACCACCGUUCACACACCGAUCACACACACCUUCAGCGGGAGACAUGGAGACAAGUCACAGUGGGACAGGCGUCUUCUACCAGGCAAUGCCUGCAAUUGGAGCGGAUGGAGCGAGGAUCAUGAAACUCAUUCCUGUCCAAAUGGUCAACGGACAGUUUGUCCAAACACAAACAAGCAAGCCAAAAGCAACUCGAACCUCAAUGAAAACUACCAAGGAGCCUCUUCACGUGGCUCCAAAGCCUCCUGUGGGUCCGUCUGCCAUGCAGCAGAGUGGCAGCGGGGGGCUGUCCUCUGUGAAUGUCCUGCCCAAACCAGUAGACUCCAGCCUCAUUAGUUUACUCACCAAGCAGCAGCAGCCACAGGCUGUGAGGGUUUUGCCCAAAAUCUCUCCAAAGCCAGCGUUCGCAACAAACUGCGGGCAAUCAGUUCAAAUUCCGAGUCAGCUACCGGUCAUUGUCAAAUCCCCUGCACUCCCCAAAGGACAGUACCUUCAGAUUCCACCCAGUGCACAAAUAUGGACUGUUCCGGCAUCUGAACUGUCCCAAGGUAUCCAGAAACAGAUUCUGAGCUCACAGGAAAGCUCCUCCCCCAGUCCGGGUGCCCUCAAUGUGGUUUUUGUGUCUCCUGUGACCACCGUGAAUCCAGGUGUGAAUCCACCGGGGGAAUCCAGUGCUGACUCAGUCCAGCAGCUUUCCAAGACAUGGAGACAAACGUCUGUAGGAGCCAAGCCACAUUUAAAGCUGAUCCCAAAGGUUUCACACAGACCCAACAGUCCUACGAGGUGGGUGGUAGAAGAAGUGGGCCCCUCAGCUGCUGUGAAUGUUAAGCCUUCUCCUUUCUCUGUCGCCUCCAACAAUCCUCAAACAGACCAGCAGGGCGGCGCUGUUUGUGAAGGAGCAUGUCAUCAAUUCAGCAUGAACAACAGUGCAGAAGCACCAGCCCUCACAAGAAGAUGGGUGAUCAACAAACAAGACAUUGAUUCCGGUACUUCCAAGAACCUCAUGGCUUUGACUGGGAGAGAGAGAGUUCUCUCUCACUAUGAAGCCAUGAAAGAUGUUCUCCCUCCGUACCGUCAGGGUCAGGAGAACACUCUGCUCAUGUGCAACGGAAAAGUGUUUCUUGUAGCCAAAAAGAACAACUUAUUUCAAGACACAAGUCCAACGAAUGGCUCCGAACUCCACCAAACCGUGGCCGUUGCUUCUUCCCCUGCGUCUGUGGAUGGAGCUGCACCAAAGAGCAGGGUGGUCCACAGAAAUGUCCGUGAGGUGGACGAAGUGAUCGACCUCUGCGAUGAAGAGGACCCUCCUCGACGGGCAGCAUCGCUGGCUCAGCCCGAUGAAGACAACGUCAUAUUUGUCUCCUAUAGUCCCCCCAAGUCCCAGUCUGGCUCAGUGUCUCUCAACAUCCCGCUGGUCCAGCGACAGGUGAAGGGCCGGCCGGGUUCCAGAGGCUCCAACAGAGGUCCUGACAGGACGGUGUCGGGUCCUUCUAGUGGUUCUGCUGGAAGGCACUAUCCAAGGUCAAGCAAACAGUCAGACGUUAUAGUGGUGGAUGGAGAUCAGAGUGACCGCAGACAGACGAGUCUAGGUGAUCAGAGCACCAUCGGACAGAUGGAGAGUCCUGGACAUCAAAGCACCAUCGGACAGACGGAGAGUCUUGGACGUCAGAGCACCAUCGGACAGACGGAGAGUCCUGGACGCCAGAACAUCGGACAGACGGAGAGUCCUGGACGCCAGAACAUCGGACAGACAGAGAGUCCUGGACGCCAGAACAUCGGACAGACAGAGAGUUCUGGACGCCAGAACAUCGGACAGACAGAGAGUUCUGGACGCCAGAACAUCGGACAGACAGAGAGUUCUGGACGCCAGAACAUCGGACAGACAGAGAGUUCUGGACGCCAGAACAUCGAACAGAUGGAAAGUCCUGGAGAUCAAAACAUCAGACUGACAGAAAGUCCUGGACAUCAGAGCACCAUCGGACAGACGGAGAGUCCUGGACGCCAGCACAUCGGACAGACGGAGAGUCCUGGACGCCAGAACAUCGGACAGACAGAGAGUCCUGGACGCCAGAACAUCGGACAGACAGAGAGUUCUGGACGCCAGAACAUCGGACAGACAGAGAGUUCUGGACGCCAGAACAUCGGACAGACAGAGAGUUCUGGACGCCAGAACAUCGGACAGACAGAGAGUUCUGGACGCCAGAACAUCGAACAGAUGGAAAGUCCUGGAGAUCAAAACAUCAGACUGACAGAAAGUCCUGGACAUCAGAGCACCAUCGGACAGACAGAGAGUCUUGGACAUCAGAGCACCAUCGGACAGACGGAGAGUCUUGGACAUCAGAGCACCAUCGGACAGACGGAGAGUCUUGGACAUCAGAGCACCAUCGGACAGACAGAGAGUCCUGGACACCAGAACAUCGGACAGACGGAGAGUCCUGGACACCAGAACGUCGGACAGACGGAGAGUCCUGGACGUCAGAACGUCGGACAGACGGAGAGUCCUGGACGCCAGAACGUCGGACAGACGGAGAGUCCUGGACGCCAGAACGUCGGACAGACGGAGAGUCCUGGACGCCAGAACGUCGGACAGACGGAGAGUCCUGGACGCCAGAACGUCGGACAGACGGAGAGUCCUGGACGCCAGAACGUCGGACAGACGGAGAGUCCUGGACGCCAGAGCAGCAGACAGACGGAGAUUCCUGGACAUCAGAGCAGCAGACAGACAGAGAGUCCUGGACAUCAGAGCAGCAGACAGACAGAGAGUCCUGGACAUCAGAGCAGCAGACAGACUGGGUACUGCAAAAAUAUCUCCUCCACUUGUGCACUCAGUCCACUGACAGACCGGCAGCUCCGGCAGGUCCAUGGGAUCACAGCUGAUGUUCAGGUGGUCCUGCAGAGGAUUGAUGAAGAUCUGAAGAGGCCACAGGAAGCUGCAGAGGAAGUCCUCCAUCCUGUCUCACCUUCACAAACAUCUCUGUGCCUCGCACCUCAAACCGUUCAGCACAGGAGACCGCCAUGUGACAGAAGGUCUGCGGCGGCUUCCACAGAACCCCGAGGUGAGGGUCGAUCAGGUGACAGGAACUUCCUGCCAAACACUCGCCGGAUGGGCCGCAGACGGAAGCGCACCACCUGUAAAUGUUGCAGCCCUGAAGAAAAUUCCAGCACAGCAGAGCCGCCCGGGAAGAAAGGAGCCGGAGCCAAGACUGGCUCAGGGGAUGAGCAACCCUGCAGAAGACACAGCGGUCCAGCAACCAGGAGCUCCAAGGUCCCGAAGCAGAGCGUCCGCAUCAGGACGGCGAAAGGCGUCGCCCGCGACAAGCUGCUGAGGAGCGGCGUGAGCUGACGGUCCUGUGGCCGUCCCUCUGGACGUCCCUCUGGACUGUCCUCUGGGCAUCCCUCUGGACAGUCCUCUGGGUGUCCCUCUGGGCGUUCCUCUGGGCGUCCCUCUGGGCGUCCCUCUGGGCGUCCCUCUGGGCGUUCCUCUGGGCGUCCCUCUGGACAGUCCUCUGGGCGUCCCUCUGGACAGUCCUCUGGGCGUCCCUCUGGACAGUCCUCUGGACGGUCCUCUGGGCAUCCCUCUGGACAGUCCUCUGGACGGUCCUCUGGACGGUCCUCUGGGCGUCCCUCUGGGUGUCCCUCUGGGCGUUCCUCUGGGCGUUCCUCUGGACAGUCCUCUGGGCGUCCCUCUGGGUGUCCCUCUGGACAGUCCUCUGGGCGUCCCUCUGGGCGUUCCUCUGGACGUGUUCAGAGUUCAGCGGCUUCCUGAGGAGCUUCAUGUCCCGCCACAGAGCUGGACGCUGGUUGUUUUCGUGGUGUUGGUCUUGGUGAGCGGCGCCGCGGCUCCGAGUUAGAAUCCGGCGUCGCUCUGUCUCACCGGCGAUUCGACAGCUUCAAGCUUUCACAGCUGGAUGUAUCCCAACAGCUUUGUUCUGCGCUGACCUCCGGUUUGGAGGACGUGACGUCGGUGGUGUUACCACUCAGACGCUUUCUCUUGUUUUUGUUUUGAGUGACGGGGGUCUGCUUCUGGGGUCAGAGGUCAGUCCUUUUUACCAGCAUGAUUCUUUUGUUUUGAUUUUUGAGAAAAAAAUCCCAAUAAAAUAUUUAUGUAGAACUAAAAAUUGUUUGAUGGGAAAAAAAAAGUUGAGUUAAGUUUUAUUGGACUUGAGCAGGAUUAACUUUUUUCCUGAAGUUUUGUAAUUGGUGCAAAAAACCACAAGUGCAACAGUUCUGAGAGCUGCAGAUGAUUUAUAGAGUUUUCUAGAAUUACCAGGUGUUCUCCGUCCCUACAUCAGUGGGUCUAUCAACCAUGAAGAAAAGAAGGGAAGAGCAGCGAGUGCAGUUUGAAGGGUUCCUCUUAAAUACAUGUUAAAAAAGUUUACAGCUGAGCUUCAGGAGGACCUGCUGCAGAAAGCCAGCUCUACACUCUGUCUUGAAACGUUGCCUCUUCUUUCUGCUCUUUCAUGAUGAACUUUGUUCAGUUAUUUCUACUGUUUGACUUAAAGAUUUUUUUAUGGCAGAAAUAUGGCGCUGUUACUUAUUAACAGGAAUGUUACUGUUUUUGUUUACGAAGAGCAUUUGACACGUAAAGCUUUUGUUUAAAAGGGAGGAUUAUCUGAGUUACAGAUUGAAUAAAAUCUCG